AGAGGGGGCGGGCGGCUUGGGGAGAGGCAGCAGCUGCUGCUGCCAGGGCUGCGCUCGGGGCGGCUGCUGUGGGUGAGCGUCUGAGGGGGGCGACGGGACAGGGGCUGGGGACACCCCCGGGCCCCGCUCAGCCUCUACUGCUCCCGAGAGUCCUGCUCACGGCGCCCGACAUGGACGAAGAAGGCGGCGGCGGCGGUGGCGUACCGGAUGAUCUCUCCAUAGAAGAAAGAGAAGAACUUUUAAACAUUCGUCGCAGGAAAAAAGAACUAAUUGAUGAUAUUGAGAGGUUAAAAUUUGAAAUAGCAGAGGUUAUGACAGAAAUUGAUAAUUUGACUAGUGUAGAAGAAAGCAAAACUACACAGAGAAAUAAGCAAAUAGCUAUGGGAAGGAAGAAAUUCAACAUGGACCCUAAGAAGGGGAUCCAGUUUCUUAUAGAAAAUGACCUGCUGCAGAACACUCCAGAAGACAUUGCACAGUUCCUCUAUAAAGGGGAAGGACUAAAUAAAACUGUAAUUGGAGAUUACCUUGGUGAGAGAGAUGAAUUUAAUAUUAAAGUUCUUCAGGCUUUUGUUGAACUCCAUGAGUUUGCUGAUCUCAAUCUUGUACAAGCCUUAAGGCAAUUCCUAUGGAGUUUCAGACUUCCAGGAGAGGCUCAGAAAAUUGAUCGUAUGAUGGAAGCUUUUGCUUCACGCUAUUGCCUUUGUAACCCUGGAGUCUUUCAGUCUACAGAUACAUGCUAUGUGCUAUCAUUUGCAAUCAUUAUGUUAAAUACUAGUCUACACAACCAUAAUGUAAGAGAUAAACCAACAGUGGAGCGGUUUAUAUCUAUGAAUCGUGGCAUUAAUGAAGGUGGGGACCUUCCAGAAGAACUGCUACGGAAUUUGUAUGAAAGUAUUAAAAAUGAGCCAUUUAAAAUUCCAGAAGAUGACGGGAAUGAUCUAACACAUACAUUUUUUAAUCCAGACAGAGAAGGUUGGCUACUGAAAUUAGGGGGAAGAGUAAAAACAUGGAAGCGGAGAUGGUUUAUUCUGACCGAUAAUUGCCUGUAUUAUUUUGAAUACACAACAGACAAAGAACCUAGAGGAAUUAUUCCUUUAGAAAAUCUUAGUAUAAGAGAAGUUGAGGAUCCAAGAAAACCAAACUGCUUUGAGCUCUAUAACCCCAGCCAUAAAGGUCAAGUAAUUAAAGCCUGUAAAACUGAAGCUGAUGGUAGAGUGGUAGAAGGCAACCAUGUUGUGUACAGGAUAUCUGCCCCCACCCCCGAAGAGAAGGAAGAGUGGAUCAAAUCUAUUAAAGCAAGUAUCAGCAGGGAUCCCUUUUAUGAUAUGCUGGCAACAAGAAAGAGAAGAAUUGCUAAUAAAAAAUAGCACUUAACAUGGGCCACUUAUGGACCUGCACUAGUUAAUGUAUAAAUGGAUCAGUCAAGUGAUAAGGUAAAGUAAAAAUGAAGCAAGCUGAAUGAAAACCGUUAUUAGAAAUAUAUACAUUUUCUUACAUUAUAUCCCUUUGUAAGAUUAUCCAAGAUUAUUAUUAUUUUGCAUACAGGACUGGAGCAAAAUUCUCAAGGGACAAUUGCAAGGAAUGAUUGUAAUGGAAUUUCAUUUACACUAACUGAAAACAUAGAAGCCUUAUGUGCAUUUUUAUUUGUUGCAAUUUCACCCUUCUGGGGAGAAAAUAUUUCAGGAUAAUAUGAUAUUCUUCUGCCUGUUCCUUGAGCAUAUUGCUCAUAACAGGAGAUGUUGUCGUAAGGACUUUGACAAACUAACACCUCACUGUAAUACAGCACUCAGAACUGGUGUACAGGGCUACUCAGCACUUUUUUUUCUUUAUACAAAAAAACCUUGAUACUAGUUUUGAAAACAUAUCCUUAGCAAUGCAGCAGCAUUCUAACCUUCCUUUGUAGAAAAUGAAUGGCUAAUGUGAUGAGCUUUUAGAAUUUCUCCCUAAAUGGUGAAUAAUAGUAGCUUUAAAAUAUACCUUUUAAUAUUAGACUGUUAUCUAUACAGUUAACUCCUUGGCCCAAGCAGUAGGAUGUGCACUGAAAAUAUUGCAGCUACAAAGGCAAGGGUUCAUGGGCUGCAGAUGUGACUUUGAGGACAGAUAGUUUUUCUUAAGCAGGCUAAACUUGUUGCUAAAGGAUUUGCAUUAUUACUGAGAAUCUCUGAUUUGUGUAUCGGUAAAAUGCUCCACAGUUAAACUGUUUUCUUUAAAGAAGGGGCAGUGUUAAGUUCUUAUUUGUGGAUGUAGCCCCAUGAAAGUCAAUAGGAUUAUUUGUGUGAGUAAAGAGAGCAGAAUUUGGUCCUUUACUUGGUUAACAAAAACCUGGAAUAAAGCAAACUGAAUGUCUCUGUUUUAUUUUUAAACAUGGCUUCUCACAUUUGUGCCUCAGUGGCUUAAAACUGGGGAGAAGAGAGAAUAGAAAACCCUAAUUAUCUAAAUGUUUGAUCUCAUGCCAUCAACUCUACUAAAAUCCUUAUCAAGAUAUUUGAAAGUAAAUGGUUAUCUGAGAUAACUGGUUGAAUGUCUCUUGUAGGAUUCGAUUAGAUAUUGCUUCAUAACAUCCAUUUUCUAAGACACACAAACUUAUCAUCUAGCCUGCUUUAUUGAAACAUUUUAUUUUUUAAAUUAUACAAAAAUAUUUGAUUGGGGUAAAAUCCUUAAUUUUACGAUGGAAAAUAUUUUUUUGACCCUGCUCCUGUGUUCAUGCUCUUGUAGCUUUCCAUAUAUUAUUUCAACCUGCGCCAUGGCAUCUGUGCCUUUAGUGCUUUAGAGCUUCCAUAUUGGGACAAACAAAACACAACUGUUGACUUAAACGUACAAAAGCAACUUUGACUACAGUGUAGGGAAUUAUUCUGCACUGGGAGAAACUUGGACAAGAUUACCUACAAGUCUUUCAUCUCUAACUUCAAUUAAAGCCAAGGCUUCCAUCUUACUAACUUGCCUUGUGCUGUGUGGAACCUAAGAGCAGCAUGUGAAUACUGUGGGCACUGUCUGCCUUCAGAUGGGCUGAUAAAAAAGAACAGAGGAGAAGCCCCCACACAAAAAAAAUCAAAAAAGGAAGUUCUGUUAUUUCUUUAAAAGGAGUAUUAAGAUUAAUGCUCAGUUAUGACAGCUUUGAAACCAUGAAGGAGGGAUGGCAUCUCCCAUCCAUGGAGCCAGGACUUCAAGGUCAGUUGUGGACUCUGUGCAUAAUUGGAACUUUAAAAAUUAGAGUAUUCAACUGCACAACUCUCAUAUCACAGCCUGUUUCUCCUUUCGCUCCCCUUAAUUUUAAAAAAGUCUAACUUAAGAUAGGGCUGUCAAGCGAUUAAAAAAAUUAAUCGCACUGUUAAACAGUAAUAGAAUACCAUUUAUUUAAAUAGUUUUGGAUGUUUUCUACAUUUUCAAAUAUAUUGAUUUCAAUUACAACACCCUACAAAGUGUAUAGUGCUCACUUUGUAUUUUGAUUACAAGUAUUUGCACUGUAAAAAAAAAUAGUAUUUUUCAAUUCACCUAAUACAAGUACCAAAGUGCCAUCUCUUGAGCAUGAAAGUUGAACUUACAAAUGUAGAAUUAUGUGCAGAAAAUAACUGCAUUCAAAAAUAGAACAAUGUAAAACUUUAGAGCCUGCAAGUCCACUUAGUCUUACUUCUUGUUCAGCCAAUCACUCAGACAAACAAGUUUAUUUACAUUUGCAGGAGAUAAUGCUGCCCACUUCUUGUUUACAGUGUCACCUAAAAGCGAGAACAGGUGUUCUCAUGGCCGUUGUAGCCAGUGUUGCAAGAUAUUUAUGUGCCAGAUGCAAUAAAGAGUCAAAUGUCCCUUCAUGCUUUAACCAUCUUUCCAGUGAACAUAUGUCCAUGCUGAUGACGGGUUCUGAUCGAUAACAGUCCAAAGCAGUAUGGACCGUCGCAUGUUUACGUUCAUCUUCUGAGUCAGAUGCCACCAGCAGAAGGUUGAUUUUCUGUUUUGGUGGUUCAGGUUAUGUAGUUUCCUCCUCGGAGUGUCUCUCUUUUAAGACUUUUGAAAGCAUGCGCCACACCUCAUCCCUCUCAGAUUUUGGACGGCACUUCAGAUUCUUAAAUCUUGGGUCGAGUGUUGUAGCUAUCUUUUGAAAUCUCACAUUGAUAUAUUCUUUGCCUUUUGUCAAAUUUGCAGUGAAAGUGUUCUUAAAAUGAACAACAUGUGCUGGGUCAUCAUCCAAAACUGCUAUAACAUGAAAUAUAUGGCAGAAUGCAGGUAAAACAGAGCAGGGGACAUAACAUUCUCUCCCAAGGAGUUCAGUCAGACACAUUUAAUUAAUGCAUUAUUCUUUUAACAAGCAUCAUCAGCAUGGAAGCAUGUCCUCUGGAACGGAGGCCAAAGCAUGAAGGGGCAUACGAAUGUUUAGCAUAUCUGACACAUUUGUAGCGGGUCUUGCAAAUGCCUGUUCUCACUUUCUGUUGACAUUGUAAAUAAGAAGAGGGCAGCAUUAUCUCUCGUAAAUGUGAACAAACUUGUUUGUCUUAGUGACUGGCUGAACAAGGAGGACGAUUGAGUGGACUUGUAGGCUCUGAAGUUUUACAUUGUUUUAGCAUGCAGUUAUGUAACAGUCUUCAUUUGUUAGUUGCACUUUUACGACACAGUGUGCACUACUGUACUCGUAUGAGGUGAAUUGAAAAAUACUUUCUUUCACAGUGCAAAUAUUUGUAAUCAAGAAUAAUAUACUUUGAUUUCAAUUACAACACAGAAUACAAUCUAUAUAAAAAUGUAGAAAGACAUCCGAAGUAUUUAAUACACUUCAAUUGGUAUUCUAUUGUUUAACAGUGUGAUUAAUCGCAAUUAACUCAAAAAUUUAAUCAUGUGAGCGAGUCAACUGCAAUUAAUUGACAGCCCUAAAAAGUAUGUUUUGUUAAGAACAGGGUGUUAGGGAGGGCUUGGCUGGAAACAUUUGGAUUUGUCACCAUUCCUAUUACAAAUCCAAACCAUGGUUGUUAAGAUGUAAAACUGUAAACAAAUCAUUUUAAUCAUUAAAGUAGUCUAGAAGGUUACAAAAGCAUUGAUGGGCUAUGAACACUUUCUGUACCAGUCCUUACAUCCCUGAAAAACACAAUCCUUUGAAAACAGUCUUCUUAUUGUCAAGGAUAUUUGUCUAUAAGCAUGAAGGAAAUGCCUUAAGAGAUGUGAUCUGCUGUAUUUAGUCUGAAACUUUUCAUACCCUGUAAUUCUAACACUAGGAAUGGUGUGUAACUAUGGUAUGUUAUAGCAAGAAAUAUAUAUACUAUUCUUUAGCAUUUAAAAAAGUCAUUUUAAGAAGCAGCAACUUAUGUCAAUUUUUUUAUUCUGAAUGAAAGAUUAAAUAUGGUGCUCAAUAUAAUUAAUUUACCACCAAAGGUGCCAGUAGCAUUUUUGUGUAAGAAUAUUUUAUUUCAAUUGUUCUCUGUAGCAUUAUUCACAGGGAUUGAAAUUGAGCCAACAUUUCCACUGGCCUUAAGGCUAGUAAAGAAUUAAUUUGCAAGGAAAAAUGGUUUAUGAAAAUUUUGGCCAGAUUAAGUACUGUCCAUGAGGGGAUGAAAAGCCCUCUCUUGUGAGGAUUUAAGGUUAGGAUGAGUUUAAGGCAAGCCACCAUUAUGGCCUAAAGCACCACUUGUUUUUGCUGGCCUGGCCUCAGAAAAAGCAAUCUAAUUGCAGUUGACUUCCCUAUUCCUGUUUUUGUAUUGAAAAAUCUUCCUAUUUUUCAGUUCUUAAGAGGUUCUCAUAUAGCAGAGUUGUUUUUUUAUACUACCCAUUAAGCAACAUAGGGACAGGAGGCAGAGAUCCUGGCAACAGACUGCUGCUUCUGCUACUUUUCUGGCCCCUGCCAGCAUCCAUAACUUUCAUGGCCCUAGGUCACUACUAAUUUCAACUUCAGUUAGUGUCAUCUAGGGAAGAAAAUGUAUAUAAUACUGAAGAUCAGCUGGACUGAUUUAAAGGCUACAUAACCUGACAAAAAGCUCUUUUUAGUCAGUCACUUAACAUUUUGAAGCAUAUGGUACAAAACCACCUUUUUAAACUCAGCAUUUAUAAUGCUUCAUAUAUAGAGCAAUGCAUAUUUUUAAAUUUUAUUACAUAUCUAUCUAGAUAUGCUUGCUGGAAAAGUUAGGUCUCUUGUAGAUGAGAAGCUAUAAAUUGUGGUUUACCAGUUUAUUUCUAUAUUUUCUUGGAAAGCAUUUCUAUUUACAGUUCACUAUAAAGUUAUUGUAAAUACUGUACAGCUAUGUAUUGAUUUGUUACGCAUUGUACACAAUUUGCAUGAAAAUUAUGUAUCAAGUAAGUCUGAGGUAAUAUUAUGGCUGUGUAAAUCCAUUGCAAAUAUUAAUGGGCUCGUUUACCAGUAAGAUGAUUAAACUGUGGUGAGAUUUCAUUUUGAAAAAUAAAAUAAAGUAUGAAACUAU